ACCGUUUGGGCGGCCUAAGAUAUGCCUGGACCAGAUGUGCUCGAUGCGUGACUAUAGCGCUGGUUGAGAAAUGUUAGUAGUGGUAGAUUGGGCGAGGAGAUGCAGUCGAAAGAAGAGUCCGGGGGAUCGCCUGCCCUGGCAUAUGCCAAGGGAACGCCAUGUAGUGGGUCGCUGCCGCUGCGGGCAGCCUGCGAGUCGUGGCUGGCGAGAUGGCGCAAUCAGACGAGGAAGAUGACUACAUGAAUAUGGUAUUCGACGAUGCGCCAAAAGGACCAAAGUUUGAGACUUCCCUACAGCGCGCAGCGCGCAAGCGCAAAGAGGGUGAAGCUAGAGCGCGACAGAAGACCAAGGCCGAAAAACAAGAAGAAGCCGAAGCUGCACGAGAAGCUGCCCUCGCUACUGCCCUGCCCGAGACCAAUAAGGGAUUCAAGAUGAUGGCCAAAUUCGGUUUCAAGCAAGGCGAUGCUUUGGGCAAGUCCGAAGACGCACGCAAAGAGCCUAUCCGAGUCAAUCCUAAAGACGACAGAGGAGGCAUCGGUCUGGAGUCGGAGAAGAAGCGCAAGUUCAGGGAGCAGUUCGAGGAAGCAGACCGACUAGCAAAGCGCGCAAAAGAAGAGGAGGGUGACUAUCUCGAGAUAUUGCGCCAAGAACAGAAGGAGAAGAAGGCAGAACGGGACCUGGAUAACGCGCAGAGGACAGCUGAGCGCUUGUCCGACAAGAACGCUGAAGCGGAAGGCGCGACAGAUCCAAGUGAGAAACCACUGAAGGACAUCAAUGUCCUCUGGCGUGUUCGUGCGCGUCGCAGGAUGGAGGGCAAGCGCGACAAGCAACAACGCCGAGAACUGAACAACAGUAUUUCGUCACGAUUACCCACAUUAGCCGCCGAAGACGAUGACGACGAUUCAAAGAUAGCGCAAGGUCGAGACCUUGCGCCAUUCUACACUACUCUUGAGAACGAGCUUGAAGAUGAGGACCCACAGUUGGCAGAAUUUGAGGCCUUGCCUGUAGCGGAGCGCUUGCAAAAGGUUCUGGUGUUUCUGCGUGAAGAAUACCGAUACUGUCUCUACUGUGGCUACGAAUACCCAGACGCAGAAAUGGAAGGAUGCCCUGGAGUUACUGAAGAGGACCAUGACUGAAAGAUGAAAGCCUUCAUUAUGCGAAGAAAUCUUAGUAAAGGAAGCUACAAACACGACUACUACUCGCCCUAGGGCCCAGAGUAGGCGGGAACGCGUAUUGGUACGUCUGGAAAUCGCGCAAUCUUGUGACUGUUAUACUCGGAGUCGCUUUUACAGUAUGACAAUGACUUCCGGAAGAUGCAACUGUCAAGGACCUCUAGUCCAAGCAAGGAACCUAAUUUCUUCACGUCCACAAUAUGUAGUCUAAUAUUAGACAAAGGUGAGGCGCCUUAUAGGUGCAUUCUGGGCCUCAGCCGCAAUAGCUCUCAGUCAAUGAAUUGCUGAGCAUGCGAAGAUGAAUGAGGAUUCUUGAGAAUACUCAAGUAGAGAUAACGUGCAAGCAAAAUACAAACAAGCUAUGGUAUUCCAAUUUCCAGAACAUCGGCAUUCGUGCGACAGUGGUGCG